GUACAACACCAAAAUUGAGCGUCCCCUCCGAGUCCUUGCAGCACGAAAAUAGCUGCGCUUGAUUCCAAUCACGUACUGAUAAUAUACGAAUGCACACGCUGAACAGAAUUCAGUGCUCUGCGCCUAGAAUAUGGACUUGUUAAUAUGUGCAGUACUAGCGAUCCUUGAAUUGUUGGUGUAUAACGGAUCGCGGCAGCAAGUCGACAGUCCGUCAGCUGAAACAGUUUCUUUUCGCGUUGCGCAGUUGUGGCCCCUCGUCCUGGUCCAAUACCUGGCCUUCAAAUAUUAUCGUAUCUUUAUUUAUCCUCAUCACAUCUCGCCACUGCGUCAUCUGCCGGGACCUCAGAAUAACCAUUUCUUUCUGGGACAAACAAUCCAUCUUUUGAGGGCAGACACUCCAACCACCCUUUACAUUGAAUGGAUGAAACAGUACCCCGAUGCGCCGUUCAUCAGGUACCUUUCGUUUGCCAAUACAGAAGUUCUGGUGCCUAACAGUAUCAAUUCUCACAAAGAGGUAUUACAAGCGCAAUGCUAUUCCUUAUCGAAAGCCAAAUUUUUCCUUCGGAUAGUCAAGGAGGUUGCCGGUCAUGGCCUUAUUCUUAUGGAGGGAGAUGAGCAUAAAGCGCACCGGAGAAUGCUUGGCAACUCAUUCCAGUUGAAGAACAUUCGCAAGCUUGAGCCCAUAUUCCAGGACAAAGCCAAAGAUAUAUGCCGCUUUUUUGAAAAGAAUAUCGCGAAGAACGAUGGUAGGACGGGCACCUUUGACUGUACUGACACGUUCUCGAAAGCUAUUCUUGAUAUCAUGGGCUCUGCUAUCCUUGGUGUCGACCUCGACUAUGUCAAACCGGAUGAGGCCCGGAACAAGACCACAAAUGGUGCUUUCUCACAUGGUUGCACCUUUCAUGAAGCUUAUGAUGUAUUUUUCGCCCCUGGUCCGAUUGGAAAAUUGCUUUUGUUCUUCAAUGGAUUCAUUCCUACCCGCUGGCUGCCUCUGAAAGCAAACCAAGAAUUCCUCUUCGCUAUGAGCUGGCUUAAUGAUGCGUUGACAAACAUCAUACGAGACCGUUAUCGUGAUGUUUCGACUGCCAUGGCAGCCGGAAAUUACGAGCAUAAGGACUCAAGAGACCUGGUUACCUUCAUUGUCGAGGAGAGUAUGCCUGGUGGUUCCGCUCAAGGUAUAGGCGAAAAGGAGUUCUUAGGCCACCUUCUAGAGUUUAUGGCCGCAGGACAUGAUACCUCAGCAAAUAUGCUGUCUUGGAGUUGUCUAAUCAUGGCAACGAACCAUGACAUCCAAGACAAGCUGCGGGAAGAGAUAAGAGGGCUGCCGAUAAACUCAACGUUCGCAGAAAUCGAUAAACUGCCCUACCUGGAAAACUUUGUCAAGGAAUCACUCCGCGUCUACUCUCCAGCAACAACAUAUCAUCGCGAGGCCGAUGUCGACUUGACGAUUGAGGGCAUACGUAUACCUAAGGGGACUCUUGUCGACCUCUGUCCUUCGGUCACACUUCUCAACCCUACAAUAUGGGGACCAGACGCGGAAUAUGUAGUUCCAGAACGCUGGAGCCGAUUGACUGAUAAACAGACAUCUCCCUAUGCCUUCAAUGCCUUCUCGAAUGGUCCACGCAUAUGUAUUGGUCGGCAAUUUGCCUUGUUUGAGAUCAAGACGAUUUUGGUCGAGAUCAUUAGAAACUUCAGGUUCCUCGCAGUUGAAAAACCUUUCAAGGUGGAAAAUCCUGGGUUCACUCUCCGUCCUGCCGGUUUGGAAGUGAAGGUAGAAAGAAAUCAUUAGAUGAUUGACGGUUACCUUGAGAUCGCGUGUCAGGGAGUUUGUCGCAUCCAAGACUGCCGUACAACAAGCAGUGCCACUUAUUGAUUAAAGGAUAUGUAUAAAAAAGAUGAAGGGAAGAAAAGGGAGAGAGAACAAAGAGCCAUUAAAAUGUUUAUUUGCUUAAAUGAUAUUAUUCAAGGAUUGCUUUAUGCAUGUACAGCCUCGUGUACGUUAGAAGAUAUGAAUGCAUGACAGAGUAAUGACGGCUGUCGGUUGGAUGG